AUGACAUCAUUUGGUGCGACUGAAAUCAUACGUGGGUCCUACAUGCCGACCUUCAAAAUCCAAGGUCAGGUGUAUCAUCGUCAUGGGUCUCUUUUGCCAUUGCUGGAUGCCGAUCAUGAGUUUCUCCAAAUUUAUUUUAUGGGAAACGCCGAGGAACAGGUCGAUCGACGAUGCAGUAUCCAUUCUGGUACAGAUAGGGAAAUCGUUGGUUCUUUACAAAAGCUCUUCCAUCAGUACAACAGGAUGGUGAAGCUGUUCACGAUCGCUCUGGAACGCAUGCCAGCUGAUGAUUAUGUGGUUGUCAUAAGAGCGGACAAGACGCCGGCGGGGGAACACGAAAAGCGAUACAAUGCUCCCACAAUCAAUGAAGUAGCAAUCGUGAUAGCUGGAGAGGAAUUUAAGUCCCGUGACAUAAUUCUUCAUCGCAGGAAUGGUGACCUCCAAAGAGUCUCUGAAACACAUCGUUCCUACGACGCUUUACAGUACCCGAUCAUAUUUUGGCAAGGGGAUGAUGGAUAUCACUUUAACAUCAAAAUGAGAAACGCGGUGACGGGUGAUGAGUCUGACAAGAAG